UUUUAACUUAAAGUAUAAAUUUGAAUCGUUUAAUUAAAGAAAGUAAACAAAGAAUUAGAAGGUUUUAGAUGUUACGGUCCUGUGUUGUCUUUAUCGCACAUGCGUUCUACAUAAACAAGGAAGUUAAUCUCUAUAGCUAAUCUCAUACCAGAUAUUGCCAGAUAUACUACCAGACACCUAGUACAAUAACACGACUUGUACUUAAAUUUUACAACUAUAUCUAUUAACAAUUACCAUAUCAAUAUGAUUACUGAUAGAGCACAUUUAGUAAGUCCAACAGAUCCUAUAAAUGCAACACGUAAUGAUGGAAGUAGUGGAUAUGGGACUAUCGAGGAGAUACCGCAAAUCAAUAUUAAACCUACACGUCAGUAUAUAGCAACAAUAUCUGCAACAACGAGUGCUUUAGCCUCAGGAAUAGUCCUAGGAUGGACAUCGCCAAUAACAAAAGAAUUAGAAAAUGGACAUUUUAAUAACAUACCAGUAAAUGCCCAUGAAAUGGGUUGGAUAGGUUCAAUUGCCGUUUUAGGUGCAUUACUAUCAAGUUUAAUAGCAGGAAAAAUCUGUGAUAAAAUUGGACGAAAAACAACUUUAUUGUUCCUAAGUAUUCCCUUUGGAGUUGGUUGGGCGCUAAUUCUUGCGUCUCAAUCAAUUGAAGUGUUGAUUCUUGGAAGGUUUUUGACGGGUAUAGCUGCUGGUGGUAGCAGUAUUUCUUGUCCACUAUAUAUAAAUGAAAUAGCCCAAAAAACGAUUAGAGGUAAAUUGGGUAGUUAUUUUCAAAUUAUGGUUACUGUGGGUGUUCUGUAUGCCAAUGUUUUUGGUAAAAUUCUAUCAAUAAAUUAUUACACGAUGAGUUGUUCUAUAAUCCCAGCGAUUUUCUUGUUAGUUUUCUUAUUUCAACCAGAAACGCCAGUUUAUUAUAUUAAAUCAAAUCAAUAUGAUAUGGCUGUUAAUGCAAUGCGGAAAUUAAGAGGUGAUCAAUAUGAUCCUCAUGCAGAAUUAAGAGAAAUAGAACUGAGCAUUCCAACUACAACAAUUUCUUUAUAUACUUAUAUUUUUGAAAUGCGAAGAUUUGCCGCUCUUUCAAUUGCAAUGCUCUUAAUGGUUUUCCAACAACUUUCUGGAAUAAACGCAGUUAUUUUUUAUACAAGCGACAUUUUCCAAUCCGCUCACGUUAAUAUUGACCCGCAAAUUUCAGCAAUUAUCAUAACAACAAUUCAAGUUUUAGCAACAUUUACCUCAUCACUAUUAAUCGAUAAAAAGGGCAGAAAACCCAUGUUAAUAUAUUCUUUAAUCGCAAUGGCAGCAUCUUGCUUACUUUUAGGUGUAUUCUUCACAUUAAAAACUUUCAACCCUAAGAUUUCUAAUUCGAUCGGAUUUUUACCAAUUUCAUCACUAAGCGUUUACAUAAUCGCAUUUUCUCUCGGUAUGGGACCCAUACCUUGGAUUAUUCCCGCCGAAUUAUUCCAAGCUGAUAUAAAAGGUGUUGCAACUUCAAUCGCCGGCAGCUUAAAUUGGGGUUUAGCCUUUUUAAUAACCAAGUUUUUCUUGGACGUCAAGGAUGUCGUAGGAGAAGAUGUGUUGUUUUAUUUCUUUGGCGUUAUGUGUUUUACGGGGGUAGCUUUUGUAUGUUUUAAAUUGCCUGAAACCAAAGGAAAGACACCAGAAGAAAUACAAAGAGAACUAUAAAGUUUGUUUGAAAACUUUUAUAUUUUAUAAUAGUUUAAACUAAGUAUUUGUUAUUUGUAUAACUUUAUAAAUUGUUUAAAUAAAAUAUAUUUUAAAGA